AUGACGGGUCAGAGUGUGAGAAUGUCGCCUCAUCUGCUUUUCCUGGGAAUCACUGCAGUCACUGUUGUUACAGCUCAAGACAACUAUGACUGGACCACAUGGUUCAACGUUGAUCAUCCUGGAGGCCGUGGAGACUAUGAGCAGCUCGAAGCCAUACGGUUCUAUUACCGUGCCCGAGUAUGUGAGACACCACGAGCGAUUGAAGCCAGAACCACUGAAUGGGUUCCAGCGCGUGAAACUGGGGAGACUGUCCAUGCUGACCCAACCGUGGGCUUCUGGUGCCUCAAUGAGGAGCAAAGUCCUGGACGCAACUGCUCCAACUACGCAGUCCGUUUCCUCUGCCCAAAAGAAAACAGUGUGACUAUUAAGGGUGCUUGGGGUCCAUGGUCAGACUGGAGUUCCUGCCCCGCUCUCUGCGGUCAAGUGGGGGUGCAGCUUCGCCAUCGAAACUGCCAGUCUGGCUCGAUGCCUUGCAGUGGGCUUAAAGUGGAAGGGAAAGCAUGCAAUGGACCUGAGUGCCCAAAGAUCGAUUGUUCCCUGCACUGUGUAAUGGGGAAGGUGAACGCCGACUGUGAUGCUUGCAUGUGUGAGGAGCACACCCUAUUGGGUUCAGUACGCAGUGCUGGAGGUCUCACUGCUGAGGGGGCCACCAUACUUCGUUCUGGGAAACUCCUUACUCUCACAGACCACAAUGGACAUUUUCGCAUCCCUGGUAUCUGCCCUGAUGGCAACACAACCAUUACCAUCAGCCUGCAGGGUCACGCCACACUUAACGUUGUUGUGCCCAGCAGCACUGAACGCACCUCAGUCCUCAGUGUCCAGCUGAAAAGAACUGAGAAACUUCAUGUGUUGAGCAACCCUGAGAGUAAGGCCAGGAGGGAAGGAAAAAGUACUGCCUUCUGCUGUAAAGUGGCAGGAACACCACAGCCAGACAAGUACCAAUGGUUUCACAACAACAGUCUCAUGGAGAAACAGUCUGAGAGCACAUUGGUCCUAAAGGAUCUGCGUUCUGAGCAGGCCGGAGAGUACUACUGCAGAGCAAGUGGUCCAUCUGGGGCUAUUAAGACCAAACCAGCUACCCUCAAAAUCCUAGGUAGAGAUGAGCCUUCUUGCAACCCGAAGCCUGAAUCUCAUCUCACACGUCUUCCACAUGACUGCUACCAAAACAGCACAAACUCAUACUACUACGAUGUGGGCAAAUGUCCCUCAAGUACAUGUGCAGGACAGCUGGACAGUGGUAUCAGGUGCAAAGACAAAGUGGCUUACUGCUGUGGUGUGGCAAAGAUGGAGGAGAGACAGCUAACAUGCCAAGGGUACCAGCUUCCCACCAUGGUGGUGACGGAAUGUGGGUGCCAGAAAUGUGUAGACACCAAGAUCAUUGUUCACGGUAGGGCCAUUGCUGCAGACAAUGGUGAACCAAUGAGAUUUGGCCAUAUCUUCAUGAAUGGAGUCAGAAUCAGCCGCACAGGCUACAAAGGUACUUCUGUCCAAGUCCCUCCAGACACAGAGAGGCUUGUUCUGACUUUUGUGGACAACAUGCAGAAGUUUGUCAACACCACAAAGGUUCUUCCAUUUAACACCAAAGGAGGAGCUGUUUACCAUGAGAUCAAACUUCUACGAAAGAAAGCUCCUGUGACCAUCAGCUCAACAGAAACCAACACUCUGGAGCUUGGUGAGGUAGAAGGUGAGGAGGCAAUGAUUGAAAUUGAGAUUCCUCCCCAUUCUUUCUAUAAGGAGAACGGAGAAGUCUUCACAGGUAAAGUUAACGCUAGUGUGACAUUUCUUGAUCCCAGAGACAUCUCCACAGCUGCUGCAGCUCAAAGUGAUCUCAAUUUUGUUGGAGAUGAAGGCGAUACCCUGCCACUGAGAACCUAUGGCAUGUUUUCAGUUGACUUCAGAGGACAGGAAAACAAUGAGCCCUUGAAUGCAGGUGAAGUGAAGGUGUUCCUGGAUUCUGCUCAGGUGAGGAUGUCUGAGCAUCUCAACACUAUGAAGCUUUGGUCACUGAAUCCUGAAACUGGCCUGUGGGAAGAGGAGGGAAGUCUGCAGGUGGAGAGGAAGAAAAGAGGCAAGAGGGAGGAGAGAACCUUUUUGAUUGGAAACAUGGAGAUCAGAGAGAGACGUCUGUUUAAUCUGGAUGUCCCAGAGAACCGCAGGUGUUAUGUGAAAGUGAGGGCCUUCCGCAGUGAACGCUUCAUGCCCAGUGAGCAAGUGGAAGGAGUGGUGGUGAGUCUCAUAAACAUGGAGCCCACAGCUGGUUACUCCUCCAACCCACGUGCCUGGGGCCGAUUUGAUAGUGUCGUCACGGGCCCCAAUGGAGCCUGUCUUCCUGCCUUCUGCGAUGAACAACCUGAUGCCUACUCUGCCUACGUCAUGGCCAACCUCGGAGGUGAGGAACUGGAGGCUGUCCCUUCUGCUCCCAAACUCAAUCCCAACCUCGUCGGAGUGCCUCAGCCUUAUCUGGGUAAGCUGAACUACAGGAGGACUGACCAUGAGGACCCCAGAGUGAAGAAGACAGCAUUCAAUAUCAAUGUGGCAAAACCGAGUCCAAACACAGCUGAGGAAGGCAACGGACCAGUGUACGCAUUUGAGAACUUAAAAGAAUGCGAGGAGGCCCCGUUCAGUGCAGCACACUUCCGCUUCUCAAGAGUUGAAGGUGACCGCUAUGAUUAUAACACCGUGCCAUUCAAUGAAGAUGAUCCAAUGAGCUGGACAGAGGAUUACCUGAGUUGGUGGCCCAAGCCUAUGGAAUACCGGGCAUGCUACAUCAAGAUCAAAAUCAACAGCCCACAUGAGAUCAAUGUGCGUUCCCGCAACAUGGGUGGCACUCAUCCCAAGACAGUAGGCCAGCUGUAUGGCCUCCGAGACACUCGCAGCAUCCGUGACAUGGACCAGGCAACUGUUUCAGCUGUGUGCCUGGAGUUCAAAUGCAGUGGGAUGCUGUAUGAUCAGGAACGUGUAGAUCGCACCCUGGUGAAGGUGAUCCCACAAGGAAGUUGCAAGAGAGAUUUUGUCAAUGGAAUGCUCCAGGAGUAUCUGGUCAACCACUUGCCCCUUGCUGUCAACAAUGACACCAAUGAGUUCACCAUGCUGGCACCUCUUGACCCUCUCGGCCAUAACUAUGGAAUUUAUACAGUGACUGACCAGGAUCCCCGCACAGCAAAAGAGAUUGCACUUGGGCGCUGCUUUGAUGGCACUUCUGAUGGUACAUCUAGGGUCAUGAAGAGCAACGAGGGAAUAGCGCUGACGUUCACUUGUGGAGACCGUGAGGUGACUCGCCAGAGUGUCUUCCAAGCCUUGCAAGGUUCUCAAGGUCAGACAGUGACAAGCGUGGUGAGAGAAGGCAGGCAGAACAGACGUCGGCAGCGGGCCAACACACCCCGCAACAGCCGUAGACGCAGCACCAGAAAUCCUGCAGGAAGACGUGCAGAGGCUAGGAGCUAAACAAAACUGAAGAUCAAGGCUCUAUAUGGAGACCAAAUGAACACCUACAAUUGAGAAGGGACUGCAUGGUGUUAACCUAACAUCUUGGUUCAAACAUUUUAUACUGAUUUUUUUUUUUUUCAAAUUAAGUGACUACGUAACAAAAUAAGGCUUAUUUCUUGCAUCUUGUUCCAAAUGAAUAUUUGCAUUGUUUUUCUCCCACUUUA